UUAGAUACCAGUUUUACUAAGAUGGUAUAAAAGUGAAUGCACGUGAUCUCGAUGUUAUUUUGUCAUCAAAACUAUCUGAACAAACAUGUAUAGAGAGUUCGUGAUACUUCUGUAUGCCGGGUUCGUGUGUGGUAUCAGUUUGAAUCCUGGAUCUCAAAAUGGACCGGCAUCUCCAUCCCCUGCUGCUGACACUUCUCCACAGCAGGACAAUCUCGCUGUACCUUCUGAAUCUUCCUACAGUACAGUUACACCACCGUCUGUCAAGUAUUUACCUACACCAUCUCUAGCCUACGAAUUGAAACCGGCCGUUGUGGAUACUAUUGUCGAGAAAUUCCCGAACAGAAACGUUCCCGUGCAAUCUUAUGGAGCGCCUGGAGGACAGCAAAAACCUGCUACAUUUUCAGCCACUGUGGCUUCGGAUCCUUCUUCGCCCGAGUACAGCAAUGUUCUUGAAAGGUAUGCGCCCUCUGUACCUCCCAUACAGCCAUAUUUCGCAGUUCCUGUUUCGGCUAAAACUGUAACAGUUGGUUCUGAUCAAGGUAAUGGCCAACCACAAGGUAACGCACAAGCUGGAUACGGCCAAAAUUCCAGACCUGUUCUAGUAUACAGUCACCAUGGCCAAGCCCAAGGUCAAGUUCAAGCUGGAUAUGGCCAGAAUGUCAGACCUGUAUUUGUAUACCAACAAGCUGGCCAAGCUCAAGGCAACGCGCAAGUUGGAUACGGCCAAAAUGUCAGACCUGCACUGGCAUACAAUAAUGCUGGCCAAGCUCAAGGACAAGAGCAAGCUGGAUAUGCCCAGAAUGCCAGGCCUGCAUUGGUAUACUUUAACGCUGGUCAAGCCCAAGGUCAACAGCAAUCUGGAUAUGGCCAGAAUGCCAGGCCUGCACAAAACGCUGGCCAAGCCCAAGGUCAAUCGCAAUCUGGAUAUGGCCAGAAUGCCAGGCCUGCACAAAACGCUGGUCAAGCCCAAGGUCAGGCACAAUCUGGAUAUGGCCAGAAUGCCCGGCCUGUAGUAUUGUACAAUAAUGCUGCCCAACAAAGACCACAACAAUUAGUUCCCUAUACUGUGAACAAAGCGACACUGGAGUCUUACGGAUCAGUCAAUGUUCACCCUCCUUCUCCUCAACGUAAUGAUCAAGUUGCUCAAGCAGCUUACGGUUCCAACUCUAAUUCUGGUGCCGAAAGGCAAUAUCAAUUAGUUCCUUAUUCUGUGAAUAAUGCGAAUGUCCAGUCGCAAUCUCCUGCUGUUUCUACGUACCAAGUGAAUCGUGGGCAGGCUGUCAAUUCUCCUCAAGUGCAGUACAUUCCUCAACCAAGGAUUACUUACGCUGUUAAUCCCGUUAUUCCUGUGCCAGUCGUGCCUACUGUUGCUGUACCAGUUGUUCCAAUUGCACCAAAGAAAGUUAUUGAAGCGUACAGUACUGUUACCGCUCAUGGUGCGCCAGCUCCUAAGUACGCUCCUGCUCCCAUACCAGUUCCAGUGAUCUUCCAACAAGUGGAGCAGUACCAGCCGAGUGCUCAGCCUCUCGCUGUUUUGGCUAAAGCGCCCUCUGCUACAUUACUGCAAGUACCAGUUAGUGGUCAACCUAUUCCCUUGUCAGCUAUUCCUUCUGGUCCGGGGGUGCGUUACCACCCUGUAUCUGUUUCUGGUGGACAAGAAGGCGGUUAUGCCAAAGCUAUAGUAUUUUCUCCCGCAUCAGAAGUUUCCCGUGUUACCUUCAACGGUUUGGGAGUCUCCUAUGGUUGGUAGAAUACUUCUAGUAUAAAAAUAACGUUAGAAUAAUAAUUUAUUGUGAUAUAACGUUUUGUAAAUAAAUGCAGG